GAAGUCGCGGCCAAACAAACAGCACGCGCACAGGUGGAUUAUUUUUGGUGCAUUCGUGUUUGUAAAUGUCUGACUGAACUGCUCCAUGGAGACAUAUUCACUCCUGAGAGUCGUCGGUGAGGGGUCUUUCGGCCGGGCUUUGUUAGUCCAGUGUAAAAGCAGUCAGGAGAAGUAUGUGGUCAAGGAAAUCCAGCUGCCAAAGAAUCAGUCCAAAUUGGAGAAUUCAAGGAGAGAAGCCAUCCUACUGUCCAGAAUGAAACAUCCUAAUAUUGUGGCCUUCAGGGAGGCAUUCGAAGCUGAUGACCUCCUGUGCAUUGUUAUGGAGUACUGCAGUGGAGGAGACCUGCUCCAGAGGAUCCAGCACCAGAAAACUACGCAGUUUUGUGUUGAUGAUAUCUUGAGGUGGUUUGCUCAAAUGUGUGCAGGUGCAAAUUACAUCCACAAUAAACGGGUUUUGCACAGAGAUCUGAAGUCCAAGAACAUUUUCCUGACAGAUAAUGGGACAAUCAAGCUCGGGGACUUUGGCUCAGCGUGUAUUCUGAACAGCUCCAAGGCUUACGCUCAUACUUAUGUUGGCACACCAUAUUACGUGGCUCCAGAAAUCUGGGACAACAAGCCAUAUAACAAUAAAAGUGAUGUGUGGUCUCUGGGCUGUGUUCUCUACGAGCUCUGCACCCUUCGACACCCGUUCCAGGCAUCCAGCUGGAAGAGUCUAAUUCUUAAGGUGUGUCGGGGUGCGUACCCUCCCCUCCCCAGACACCUGCCGUACGAGCUGCAAUACUUGGUCAAGCAGAUGUUUAAGACAAACCCAAAAGACAGGCCGUCCCUGCACACCAUCCUGACCUCUCACCGAGUUUCCAAACUCCUGCGUUUGCAUAUUACCUCCCAGCUGAUAGAGACCGAGGGACAGGGGAGGCGUACGGGUCGAUGGAACAGAGAAGAGGGGAAAAAGGUGGCUAAUCUUCUGGGAGAGAAGAGUUUAAUAAAAACGUCAACAUUUGGAGGCAUGGAGUUAUCUGAGGGUCACUGUGAGAGCAAAGAACCCGGCCAUCGAAAGCAGUGGGCCGCUGCGCCAUCAGACACUGUGCUGCAGUCGCUGGCCAACGCCAGCCUUGUCUCAUCUGACAGCAUGAAAUCAACCAGCCAGACUCUCACAGGUGUGUCAGAGGAGCCUGAGGUCAGCAGGCAGAGGAGACAAUGGGAGAGGGAUCCUCCUGAGAGGCUUCUGAGUCUGCUGGAGAAGGCCCAGCUGAGCAGAGCCUUCAGCACCUUUUUAAUAAACAGAAGGGGUGACAACCUGCUGAUGGGACCCCUCUCCCAGCCGAAGGGUGACGACACUGACGGUCCUGAGUCGGAAGUGGCCGUAGACGAGGACCGGCUAGAGCCACGUUCUGACGAUGAGGACACGGACUUUGAAGAAGAAUCUCCAUGUGACUGGAUAGAUGAAGCUGAAAAAAUGCUUUCAGAACACUAAAGUCUCAUUCCCUCUAAGCCAGCACUACCACAAGGCUGUCAUUAUUAAUGUAUACAGUUGUUUAAAAUUCAAUUUCCAAAUGCCAAAAUCAUAUUAUUUGUAUGUAUGACCAGACCUUACAUACAUCUUACGUAUUAAUGAGGACCAGUCUUUAAUAGCUGGUUAUACGCAAGAUAACAAUCCAUUUAAGCUCAAACAAAGUUCUUUUUUUAAUAUAUUGUAUGAUUCAAGCUGUGUGCUGUUUUGUGUGACCUCGAUCACACGGCUGCAGCAGAACACUAAUAUUUGAACUGAAUAUUGUUCUUUUUUACAUAAAGAUUCUUGGCAUG